AUGGAGGGAGACGUUGAUUCUGAGAUGAUUUUCAGUGAAGGCAGAGAGGUUGAAGUAACCUCUGAUGAAGAAGGGUUUGAAGGGGCUUGGUUCACUGCUACUAUUCUCGAACCCCCGAAGAACACAACUAAAGACAAGGCCUUGGUUCAAUACAAGAACUUACUCGAUGACGAUGAUCAAACGCCAUUGACUGAACAUAUCAAACUUUCCUUCAUUAGGCCUUUGCCUCCACAACCCAAAAUCCCUGAUGAUCAGUGUUUUGAAGUAAACGAGGUCGUGGAUGCGUUUUACCUUGAUGGGUGGUGGACUGGCUUUGUUUCUAAAGUUUUUGACUACCCAAAGAGGUAUUCUGUGUCUUUUGAACACCCGCCUGAAGAGAUUGAGUUUUUUUCUUCUAAUUUGAGGCCUCACUGGAAAUGGGUUGAUGGUAAAUGGGUUAAACCCUCCAACUUUCAGGAAGUUUUGAUCUCUUCAGAUUGUCAAGAACUGGUGGAGGUCUCUUGCAACAACACCAAAGAUGCUGAGGCAACUAUUCAGCUUGAAAGUUCAGAUGCUGUAAAAUGCAGCAACAAAAAGCGCAAACGUUCUUGUGUAAGUUCAAGAAAGAAUGAGAUGGGUCUGUCAACUGCAUGUAAAGGAAAAGCAAAGGGUAAGCGUGUAAAGCGGGCAAUGCCUGAAGGUGAUGCUACACUUUUACAUUCUUCCCAGAAGUUGAAAGAUCGAAGCUUAGCAGAGUUAUUAGUUUUACAAGAAUCUAACAUGAAGGAUUUGCAAAGUGGAACACCAAACAUAGCAGUGCCAGCAGCAACUAUAUUUCCUGAAAAAAAUGUGGUUGGUGAGCAACCUGCUGUCAAAACCUCGAAGACUUAUGUGAGAGAAGAAGUUGAGAUUCAUCUGCAGAAAGAACAUGAUAUGAGCAGAUUUCAGAAAGAAGAUGGUGCAAAAACUGGGAUAAAGAGGAGAGAGCAACCCUGUAUUGUGCUCAAAAUCAAGCAACCUAAAUUAGUGUUUCAGAUGAGCCAAUCUCCAUCUGCUGGACAAAAUGAUGCUGCAGGUGUUCUUGAAGAAAUGUUUUCUAAAGAAUACACAGCCACAGAAGUUGAGUCAUCUGCGAUCUCACAAAUGGAGCAAGCAGUAGAGAGAACAGCUAUAGUUUCUGCAACAGAUUCUCAGAGAAAAGAAGUCGAGGUGACUGAAAAGUCUGGUGGAAUUCUUCAUGAUAAUGAAGAACAACCUCCAUUAAUAUGCUACAAAAAAAUGCAUUCUGGCCUUGGAAAGAUUCAUUCUGUAGUGAUGGAGGAAAACAACACAGGACAUAUUCUGCAUGGUUGUGCGAAUCAAUGGAAUGAUCCAAGGGAGAAAUCACUUGAAAUUAUGGUGCAGUCCCCUUUACUCGGCAUGACAGGCGACAAUGAGCCAGAGGAUGAAGCCUUACCCUUUGUGAAGAGCUUACCCAUCUGGAAAGCAGUUCAAUCUAUGGAAAUUUUCCAAGUCAUUCCUCAAAACCCACAUUUUCGCCCAUUAGUUAAAUUGAAAGAAAUACUCCGCGAAGGAGUAGCUGUUGGUCACAUGUUGACCUUUGCAUCCUUGGUGCAGAGGACAUCGAAUUUGAGAGUUGCGGAUCCCAGGAACCUUUUUACUAGCAUUUUAGAUGCUCUUCUUGACUUGGAAAUGCUUGGAUUUGAUGUUAAGGCAGUAAGGGAUCGCACAAGUGAGUUGCUGUUCAUGAAAGAUAGACAUGGACAUCUUCAAGACCAAUCUAAAGAAGUUGAAGUGCAGGUCAAACAGCAUGCUCAUGAGUUGACCAAAAUAAAUGAAGAGAUUGAUAUAAACAAGAAGAUGUUGAAAGAACUAGAAGGAAAGCAGGCAAUACUCGUCUCAAUAAAGGAGUCUAAAAUAUCCAAAAUAGCCUCAUUGCAAGUAUGUGCGGAUGUUACUACUGAAGACAUUCAAAGUGUAGAAUUUGAUUUUGAGAAUCUAGCAGCUACUCCUUGGUAA